UACAGUACAGUAUGUGCCCAGUCCUCUCUUAUCCCGCUCCAGUUGUGUUUUUUCUUACUGGCUCAGCAAAUCAUUAAUCUGCCCCGGACAGCCUCACUCCACCUUUACUUUACCAACGCCAAAUAGCAGAAAAUGCAACACGUAAAAAGCUGACAUUUUAUCUUUUCGAGCUUUUUUAAACGACGUCGCUGUUUUCCAGACGACACUAGUUUUUACCCAACCCAUGUUGCUUCGCCAGCUGAGUUCUGUCUGGUCCUCCAUCUGUCCUCGAGGCCAUCCUGCUCUCUACCACGCCGGCUUCAGGAGCAGCAUCACCUCCUCCUUCUUCUCCCAAUUCAUCCCCACUCUUCAUCCAUGGUGGUCCAUUCAGGGAUUUCCACCCUGGCCUCCUCGACUCCUCCACUCCCUCCCAUCAGCCCAUCAGAUUUUCACUCUACACCCUCUGAACAUCAGCCCUGGUCACAUCAGCAGUUGCAGUUGUUCAUUCCACACCUCUGAAGGACACAUGAUGGAGCGCUCUGACCAAGACAGAGAGCCUCCAAACAAACGUCAGAAGGGUGGAGGGGAAAGGGAAGGGCACAGGGGAGGACCACCAAAAGCAACCGGAGGCAAGGAGUCAAAGAGAGAGCACCAUCAUCUUGAUUUCAGAAAGGAAGGCGGCCUUCGACCAAACCACCACUUUAAAGAUGAAACUCAAGACAGAGCAAAAUAUUAUGCAGACAAAGCCGUCAGCUGGGAAAGCAGCAGAGAUAAAGAUGUAGAAAGGACUAAAACUGGAAAAGCCUGGUACAGAAAAGAUGACAGGGAAAGGAAUCCAAAUCAACACUCGCACCCUGCAGGAUCCAGGACUCAGAUUCCCAAAUUCAAACCUGAGAUGGAUCCAGUUUCAGAGCAUAAACCCAAACACUGGUUCAAAGGAAGGGGUGCUGAGGAGCAGAGCAGGUUUCAGAGGAACACAACAGGACCACCAGAACAACCAAAAGAUAGUGGGAAGUGGACAGGGCCCCCCUCCAAGGCUUCCAGCCCCUCUCGCCCCUCCCAUCACCUGAACCCGUGGCAGGUGGUGGAACAACCUCCUCCACCUGGGAUCUUACUACCUUGCAAACCUCUGCAGAGACACUGGGAGACCUGCCAUUCUGGACCACAUCCACCCAGGUACAGCGCAGUGUUUGACUUCUCUGUGAUGUCCUACAACAUCCUGUCUCAGGAGCUGCUGCAGGACAACGCCUAUCUGUACCGGCACUGUGACCCCAGCAUCCUGCACUGGGAAUACCGGCUGCCCAACCUGCUGGCUGAGAUCCAGCAGCAUGAUGCUGAUAUCCUGUGUCUUCAGGAAGUGCAGAUGGACCACUAUGAAAACCAGAUUAAACCUGCUCUACAGGCACUCGGGUACCACUGCGAGUUGAAGAAGCGAACAGGAAGUAAACCAGACGGUUGUGCAGUUAUCUUCAAAACCUCCCGCUUCUCCCUCCUCUCCACCAAUCCGGUGGAGUUCUUCCGGCAUGGCGACGCCCUCCUCGACCGGGACAACGUGGGAUUGGUUGUUCUGCUGCAGCCCAGGAACAGCAUCAGCCAGUCAGACCCCUCCUCCUUCAUCUGCGUCGCCAACACUCACCUCCUCUACAACCCUCGCCGGGGCGACGUCAAGCUGGCCCAGCUGGCCAUCUUAUUGGCUGAGAUAAACCGGCUGUCCCGCCUCCCUGAUGGAUCAACCAAUCCGGUUGUGCUCUGUGGGGAUUUUAACUCUGUGCCUUGUAGUCCGCUGUACAGCUUCAUGACUACAGGCUGCCUGGAGUAUGAAGGGCUGCAGAUCAGCAUGGUGUCGGGUCAGGAAACCAGCCCCAGAGGUCAGCGUUUCCUCACCUCUCCGAUCUGGUCUCACAGUUUGGGAAUCAACCAUCAGUGUCAGUAUGAGAGCAAACUCAGAGCUGACCCCUCCCCCAGCAGCCCUACAGCUGUUGAAGGAGGAAUCUCUAAUCUGAGCGUGGAGGAUCCCGCCACCGCCGCUGCCUCUAACAGUGUGAGGCUCGAGCACAGCCUGAAGCUGCAGUCGUCCUAUCAGCACCACCUGGUGCCCGACGGCAGACCAGAGAUCACCACAUGUCACUCGCGCACGGCCCUGACGGUGGAUUACAUCCUGUACAGCCCCGAUUUCAACACAACGUCUUCACUUCCGGGUGGGCGGGGCCUGCAGCUGCUGGGCAGGCUGUCAUUGGUCGGUGAGUCCGAGCUGGAGGAAGUCAGAGGCUUGCCCAAUCAGCAUCACUCUUCUGACCAUCUUCCUCUACUCGUGAGCUUCCGCCUCCGUCACUGACCUGUACUCAUCACGUGAGCCUAGAUCAGCCAAUCACAGGAGCUUCUGUGGCGGCUCGAGUGCAAACAGAUGGAUAUUGAUGAGAUGAAGACAGUAAACUAAAAAAAAAAAAAAAAUAACAUUCAAUUAAAAAAAAAAAGGAUCCCAAGUCCUGGAACAUCUUACUGGUUUAAGAGUAAAUGAUCUAAACUAUCUAUUAAUGUUUACAAAAAAUGAGCAAAUAUAGGAAAAUAAUUAUUUUCUUUCUGCCAAUUUAAUAGAGAAUUUAACAUCAGCUGCAAGAAUAAAAGUUAUUUUCAGGGUUUGAUUAUUUUCUGUUUCCAGUAGAUGAUGGCACAUCCUGAUUUGCUACUCGUGCGCGCCUCCUGGUGGUCUUUCCAUUUUACUAAAAUAAAGUUUUAGAAAAUUAAAUCAAACCACAUUUUACCUCCAUGAAUACAGACGUAUUCGGAUCUAUUUUUUCCAUGAAGUUCCACACGAACAGUCUAAUGAUGAAGUAAUGAUGAACUGCUGAGUAAUUAGUCUGUAUGAUGCUUCUCUUAACUGGAAGAGACAUCAGAAUAAUGUUGUGUAAGGAUAUAUGGUUCAGAAAUAAGCCCCGCCCCUCUUUCCAUUUUACUAAAAUAAAGUUUUAGAAAAUUAAAUCAAACUACAUGUUACCUCCAUGAAUACAGACGUAUCAAAGGGAUUCU